AUGGCCCCGGCCAUCACCACCACCACCACCACCACCCUAGCCCUAACAGCCCUCCUCACCCUCACAACCGCUCUCCCCGCACCCUCCCUCCUCCCUCGCCAAUCCAACAACAACGCCCCCUGCUUCCUCCCCGGCUCCAACCCCCUUCCCGCAGAAGUCUCCGCCAUCGCCACCACCCUCGCAUCCAGCAUAACAUGCUCAUCCACGCGUACCACCCUCUCCGGCGUGCCCGACGUGACCUCGGGCAGCAUCUCCUUCUCCAGCAUCGACUUCAGCCAAGCCGAGGGAAAUGGACAAUCGCCGCUCGCGUUUGCGCUCGAGACGUUUGCGACGCCGGAGCCGCUCGCAGAUGCGGAUUUGCAGACGUUUGAGGACGAGUUGGAUGUCUACCUGGCGACCGAGGCGGGCGUGAGGAGUGUCGGCGGCGCGUUGGCAAUCAAGGUGCCCAAAUUCUUUUUGCAGAUGCAGGUUAGUCGAAUUCAGACGGCGCAGGGGAAUCCGCCGGCUGCGCCUGGGCUGCAGGUCGAUCAUUUGAGGGAUAAGGUGAUCAAGAAUGCGGCGGGAGAGGAUCAGGCCUUGUUGGAUCAGGUGGUUGCGUUGGCGGCGCAGCUUGAUUAG